AGCUGUGGAUUCAGUCUAAUGAACCCUGAAGGUCUGACCCGAUGACCAAAUCACUGUCGGAUUAACCCUGGAAAUCAGCAUUGACGUCCUGCCACUCUUACGUUUCUGCGCAUCGAGGGAUCUAGUGAACACAAUAGAGAUGGAAGAUGACCGGCGGUUUCACAAACUGACGCAAGAACAGGUGGAGACAUUAGACCAAGUUCUUACAGAGGUCAUUCCCAUUCAUGGAAGGGGCAACUUCCCAACCCUUGAAAUCAAGCCCAAAGACAUUAUCCAUGUAGUCAGAGACAGACUGAUUUUGAAGAAAAUCAAGGUAAGAGAUGUGCGUCUCAAUGGCUCUACAGCCAGCCAUGUGCUGGUCAAAGAAAAUGGUACCAGCUAUAAAGACUUGGAUAUCAUCUUUGGUGUUGAGCUUCCCAAGCCAGAGGACUUCCAGAUUAUCAAGGAGGUAGUUUUGAGCUGUCUGCUGGACUUUUUACCUAAAGGAGUCAACAAAGAUAAAAUCACAGCUCUCACCAUGAAAGAGGCAUAUGUUCAAAAAAUGGUGAAGGUUUUCACGGAGCAUGACCGUUGGAGCCUUAUCUCCCUCUCAAACAAUAGCGGUAAGAACGUAGAGCUCAAGUUUGUCAACUCUCUACGACGACAGUUUGAAUUCAGCGUGGACUCCUUUCAGAUCAUCUUGGACAGCAUGCUGCAAUUUUCCGAAAUAUCCGACACAUCAGUUUCAGACAUCAUUGAGGCUAUACCUCCUGCUAAAGAGCUACCUUUUGUUACAGUGUUGGCUGAGAGCAUGUACGGUGACUUUGAGCAGGCUAUGGACCACCUACGCUACCGGCUAAUAGCAACACGUAACCCUGAAGAAAUUAGGGGUGGAGGCCUGCUCAAGUACAGUAAUCUGCUUGUCCGGGAUUUCAAACCAGCCUGCGAAACUGAAAUUAAGACACUCGAGCGAUACAUGUGUUCACGUUUUUUUAUUGACUUCCCUGACGUGAACGAGCAGCAGCGUAAGAUUGAAUCAUACCUGCGCAACCAUUUUAUUGGUGAGGAAAAAAGCAAAUAUGAUUACUUGAUGACCCUUCGGAGAGUGGUCAAUGAGAGCACUGUGUGCUUGAUGGGGCAUGAGCGCCGACAAACUCUUAAUAUGAUUACCAUUCUAGCACUCAAAGUCCUAGGUGAGCAGAAUAUCAUUCCUAAUGCCAAUAAUGUUACCUGUUACUACCAGCCUGCACCAUACAUGACAGACCACAACUUCAGUAACUAUUACAUCUCAAAUGGUCAGUCACCACUUAUAUACCACCCCUACCCACUACACAUACACAUGCAGACUGGACUAGUUUAGGUCUUUCGGUAUGUAACAAAGAUGGAAAUACGCACAGGGAAAUCCUUAAAUCUUGAAACGUAAAAAUUACACCACAAAUGAUCCACCAUUGAGCAUGUGUCCCAAGACUUGACUGAAAGAACAGUUUUUGUUGGAAAACACAAUGUGUCAAUUAAGAACUGAUAAUAGUUUUGACUGUCUGUGAGAAUUGCACAUACAAUAUUGGAGAUAUUGCACUAGCAAAAUAAAGGGUAAAACUUAAGUAGAGACUAAAAAAACUAGAAGAGAAAAACUUGGCCUGUUCUUCUCCUAUUAGAGAUUGCUGAAAAUUCUUGUUGUAACAAAGAAAUAAAGGCAAGUGCUUUUGAUAGAAAAACUAUUUUCGCUAAUUUAAAGCUUUAUUGGCAUGACAAAAAAGUGCAAGAGAAAUAAUCAGCAUGCAGCCAAUGCUUUAUUAUGUAGUAAAGUACUUUUGUUGUCUGAAACAAUUAAACUAAUUGUCUCGUUUUGCUCAAGGAAAGUUCACUAACAUUAGUGCUCCAUUAUUUCCCCGCAUAAUUUGUUUGAAUUAAGUAUUUCAUAUCUUGUAAUGUUCCCAAUGCAAUUUCGAAUCAAAAAUUAGUGGCUAAUUUGUAUUAAUUUGUAUAAUCUCAUUGUGGUAUUACGAUUUGCUCCCCCAGUUAGUGGUGGGGUUUGGAGUAAACGCCUCCAUUUAAAAAUUUGCCACUUUCAUUCGAAUGUAAUCAUAUGAAUUUGUACGAAUUAGCCACUUUUCUGAAAAUAUGUAGAAUAGUUACAUUUCCUCGUGAGUUCAGGCUGACAUUUCUUAGUACAUCUACUGUUUUUUUUUUUAUCUAUAAUAGGUGUAUUAUUAGAUUUUGAAUGAAGUAAUCCAGGGGUGUCAGGAUGUUUUCUUGGAGGGUUACUGGAAAUUUCUAGCUAUUAUAAAUUUGUUGUCUAGAUGUUUCAGGUAUGUUUAAUGCUGCAUUCACACCAGACGUGGAUGAAUCUUCAAGCGGGAGGGAUUUACAUGUUAAGUCAAUGCAAAGACACGAAUAGACAUCAUGCGGUACACUGAGAAAAUGAGGCGAUUCACGCGAAUGAAGUGGCGCGAGUUGAGCAUUUUGGGUGAUUGACGCGAGUAUCGCGAGUAGCACAAAUUGCUCGAGUUGGAAAUUCUAAACUUUAGCGGACAUUCACGCUGUCAGACAUU